GAUGCCUCGUCCGUCUAUUAAUCUAGAGCCCUAUCAGGAAGAGAUCUCAAAUCUUUAUCAAACCGGCACUAUCCCUGAUUCUAUUGUUAAGUUACUCUAUAAUCGACAUGGUAUCUAAGUUACAUCUCAUACGAUCAAGGCACGCCUUAGCAAGUAGGGUAUCCGGAAGCAAAACCGUACAGCAUCAACUGAUGAAGUACUACAUGCCCGGAUUAAGGUCCUCAUGUAUCAAGUUGGCCUUAAUGAGGAGGAGAUCCUUCAUGUUCUCCAGUUAGAAGGCUUUAAUAUUCAAGCUCGUACACUAAAAUAUGUUCGGCAGCGCCAGGGACUCCUCCGCCGAACUACAAACACUAUUGCUGACCAAGCAAUAGUUGAAGGGGUUUUAAAACAACUUCGUACAGAGCUUUCUUCUGGUCAAAUUGAAGGUUAUGGUAUGAGAAUGCUUUAUCAUCAUUUUCGAAGUCAAGGGUUCCUUAUUGCUAGGGACCGGCUGUUUUCUAUGUAUCGAGAACUAGCACCAAUGGCUGUACAUCAACGGUGGCAGGAUCUCCAACGACAUCGUGGAGCUUAUUUUACCCCUGGACCUAAUUUUAUCUGGUCAAUUGAUGGGUAUCUUAAGCUAGCCCCGUACGGUAUUGAGAUAUAUGCUGCUAUUGAUGCAUAUUCUCGAUAUAUUAUCUGGAUCUAUGUUGGGAUUAGCUCUCGUACAGCUGUAAGCGUCCUCCGACAGUUCUUAGAUACUCUAGAGGUUACUCAAUAACAGCCUCGCUUUGUACGAUCAGACCGGGGUUCAGAAACAGUCCUGCUUGCUGAAGCCCAGCAUAAACUUCAACAGUCUUUACAUCCUGAGGUUAAUAUUACAGACUGUUAUCUUUAUGGUACAAGUACUGCUAAUCAAAGAAUUGAGGCAUGGUGGCUUCAAUUAACUCGAGGACUAUUACACCGAUAUAGAGAAUACUUUUAUAGUCUUCAGGAAGAGGG